AUGUCAUUUUUUUCGUCUAUACGUGAAAAAGCGUCUUCCUUAUUAAAUGCUGCCAAUAAUGGUAAUAGUUUUAUCAAAACAAGAGAUGAACUUUUCAAGGAGAAAUAUCAUUUACCUGAGAAAGAGUAUAUCAUAGAAGAUGUAAUUGCAGAUAUUACAAUUAUACAGAACAAUAAGAACACUAAUAUGCAUGCUUUGAAAAAGACUGCUACUCUUAAUGAUAGUUCCACAAAGCAUAUAGAUCCAUUAAAUGUUUUUACUGGCAAAUUAUACUUAACUCCACACUUUUUGGUAUUUACAGACAACUAUGAUCAGUCGAGUUGUGUGUUUACUUUGAAUAUAUCUACAAUCACCAAGUUGGAACGAGCCAAUUCUAACACUUUAGUUUUAAUGUUAACAUUAUAUUCUGGCAUCACUUUGUUGAUUAGAUUUAUUGGUUUAACUACCAAAAGUGAAAGCUUUGCUAUAAAUAUGAAAAAUUGUUUGAAAAAAAACGUACCUAGAGCUAAAAAUGAAUUAAAACCAUUUCUAAAUACUUGUUACUCUGAAUUUAUCAUUAAUAAAUAUUUUUAUCAACUGCCCGAUGUUCCUGUACCCCCAAUGGGGUUAGGUUCCAUUUAUAACUUUCCUGGCGAUCAAGUGUACACAAAAGAAAAGUUGAAAAUGAAAAUAUGGUUUGAUUAUUUUCAGGAACAUGGUAAAAAUUUAACCAUUGUGAAAAAUCACCAGUACAAUAAACUAAUUAGAGUCGGUAUUCCAAACAAAUUAAGAGGUGAAAUAUGGGAAUUAUGUUGUGGGUCUAUGUAUGAUAGGUUAUUGUAUCAUGCCGAGUACGAAAGUAUUUUAGAGGAAAACGAUGGCAAGAAAUCACAAGCAAUUGAUGAAAUUGAAAAAGAUCUAAAUAGGUCUCUACCGGAAUACCCAGCUUAUAGAACUCAAGAGGGUAUAACCAGGUUGAGAAAUGUUUUAACUGCAUAUUCUUGGAAAAACCCAGAUGUUGGUUAUUGUCAAGCCAUGAAUAUUGUUGUUGCAGUAUUGUUAAUUUUCAUGUCUGAAGAACAGGCUUUUUGGUGUUUAACUACCCUUUGUGAAAAAUAUGUUCCUGGUUACUAUUCUAAAACAAUGUAUGGGACUUUAUUGGAUCAAAAAGUCUUUGAGUCAUUUGUACAAGAAAGACUACCCCUAUUGUGGGAUCAUAUCGUUGAACAUGAUAUUCAAUUGUCAGUUAUGUCAUUGCCUUGGUUUUUAUCUCUUUUUUUCACAUGCAUGCCCUUAACAUUUGCAUUGAGAAUUAUGGAUAUGUUUUGGGUCAAUGGUCCUAAAACUUUGUUUCAGGUAUCAUUGGCUAUUCUAAGGGUAAAUGGCGAAAACUUAUUAAAAAUCACUGACGAUGCCACUUUUAUGUCUAUUUUAAAAAAUUAUUUUGCCACUUUGGAUCAAAGUUCUCACCCCAACAGCAGCGAUGUAAAGUUGAAACAAGUUUCCAAAUUUCAAGAGCUAAUGGUUGUUGCCUUUAAAGAGUUUUCGAUAAUCACGAAGGAGAUGGUGGAAGAACGAAGAUUACAACACAAGAAAGAAAUUACCGAUAAUAUUGAAAAUUUUGCAAAAAGAACGCAACUAAGAAAUAUUACUGGAUUGCAAAAUUUGGAUCAAGAGGAUUUGUCUAUAUUGUAUGAUAUUUAUUAUCAAAGCAUUGAAUCUUAUGAGAUCGCUAUGGGCAUUGGCUCUUCGAAUAUGAAUUUCAAGAUUUUUGCCGAUUUUCUAAGCAAAUUUAUUGAUUGGUGUUCUAGUACAGAUCCAGCUUUUCAUUCGCAAAAAGUAGAUUUUUUGCAAAGAUUGUUUGAUCAUUGGGACAAUGGUAACAAGGGGAAGUUAACUUUAGAAGAUGUUGUUAAGGGUAUAGAUAAACUAAGUUCUAAUGACAUGAUGUUUUCUAUAGGGUAUUUCUUUGAACUAUUUGAUGAUAAUAAGUCAGGGAAAAUUAAUAGAGAGGGCAUUUUAAAAAUAUCAGAAGCGCUUUUAUUUCUAACAGAGCCAUGGAAAAAUGGACAAUUGGUGGAUAGUCUUACACUUGAUCAAAUUGAAAGUGAUGUUGCAGAAACCAUUAUUAAAAAAAAGCAUGUUAAUGUUAAGAUGGAUUCCUUGGAACUACCAUCUGGUGUUGAAUUAGAUUUAGAGCAUUAUAAAACAGAGCAAGCACAAAGGUACUUGAAUGCUGCUAAAAAUUUUUUACAGAGAUCGAUGGAAUACGCAAGAAAUGAAGAGUUGCCAGACGAUUUUAAUCUAAUCGAGCUGGAUGAGGGCAAUGAUGAGGAAUACAGUGAAGAAAUGAGGAAAAAAAAGGAGAAACAAUACAAGGCGAAUGUUAUUUUGGAUCCAACACAUCCAAAAAUCAUUGAUCUACCAACUUUUAGAAUGAUUAUUUUGGCGGAUAGUACAUAUGAGAUUUUUUUUUCUCAAAACCUGAAAAACUCUAUCCACAUUAAAGAUUCCUCUGCUUAUAUUGGCAGUAUUGAGUCACAUGCAGUUCGUAGUAUGUUUGAUGGGUUAAUUGCUGAUGGUAGACGUGUAGCCAGACAUGUUCGUAAGCGUGUUGAUUCUGUUACUUCCAGUAAGACUGUUGCUAGUACUAGAUCACAAGAACACACAUUGUCGUCUUCUAGUGACGAAGAUUUCUUGCGUGCUGGAAAUGAUGACGAAGAAAGUUCUGCUGCUGCUGCUAGAGCACUAUUGGAGCAGGCCGACUUGUUGGGUGAAGAGAUACCAAAACCAACUAAAGAUAAGGAUUUGCCUACUUUAGAUUCAUUAAUUCUGGAUGAUUUUGAUUCUUCAAGUAUCAAUAGUGGUAAUAGGUUUAAUAAUACGGGCGAUGGCGAUGAAAAUGGUGAUAAGGAUAAUAAUAAUAAUAAUAAUAAUAAUAAUAAUAAUCAUGGCAGCAGGAACACUGAAUCUGAUUUUAAUAUUGAUGACCAUAAUGAUUUUGAAAGUACUAGGCAAAAUUCUACAUAA